AUGACUGCCACAAGACCAGAUAUUGUGUUUUCAGUCUGCCUACUAAGCAGGUACAUGGCUGCCCCAACCAGACUGCACAUGCUUGCUGCCAAACGACUUCUGAGAUAUUUGAAGGGCACUCUAACUCAUGGUAUCUGGUACAAGAAGAAGGGAGGAGGAGGAAGCUUAGUAGGAUACACGGAUAGUGAUUAUGCAGGCGAUUUAGAUGACAGAAAGAGCACAAGUGGCUAUGUGUUCUUCCUGUCAGGGGGAGCAGUCUCAUGGUCUUCAAAGAAGCAACCUGUUGUAACACUAUCUACUACUGAAGCUGAAUUUGUGGCUGCAGCUGGUUGUGCAACUCAGUGUAUAUGGCUAAGAAGGGUUUUGGAGCAGAUGGGUUGGAAUACAAGUGUCCAGGAAGGAACCAAGAUCUACUGCGACAACAAUUCUGCUAUCAAGUUGUCAAAAAAUCAUGUUCUACAUGGGAGGAGCAAGCAUAUAGAUGUAAGGUUUCACUACCUAAGAGAAUUGGUCAAGGAUGGAACUGUGGAACUGGUUCAUUGUGGAACUACACACCAAAUCGCAGACAUUAUGACUAAGGCUGUCAAGAAUGAGACAUUUGAGUUUCUUCGAGAUCAACUUGGGGUGAGGAAGUUGGAGGAGGUUGCAACAAUCAGGAAGGUUUAA